AUGAGGCGCUUCCUGAGCAGGAAGGGCCGCUUCUCCCUUCGCCAGAGCAAGUCCGGGACCCGGAGUGCCUCCAAAGAUUUCUACCUCGGUCUCCCUGCCACCAAUCAGAACUGGCCAGAGGCGUUUGGCUUCCGGCUGGGCGGCACUGGGCCCAGCUACAUCCUCUCCGUGGUGGAGGGCAGCAGUGCCUACCUGGCUGGCCUGCAGCCGGGCGACCAGGUGGUGGACAUCGAGGGCCAGGAUGUGACCAACCUCAGCACGCCGGCGCUAGUCGCCCUGGCUCAGACCCUCAAGACUGUCCCACCCAGCAUCGGAGUAGUGUCACGGCUCGAACAGAUCGACAUCACCCCUGGCCCCGAUGGCCGUUUUGGAUUCACCAUCGUUGGAGACAGCCCUCUGAUGGUGGAGGACUGCAUGCCCAGCGGCCCGGCCGGGCGCAGUGGCCUGAAGGCCGCGGACUACGUCAUGGAGGUCAACGGCAUCCCUGUGAAGCAUCACGAAACGGCGGCGGCCAUGAUCAAAGCAGCUCAGGGUCGACCUCUGCGUCUGGGCGUGCUCAGUAUGGCCCGGCGACCCAAGCGGUUGAGCAGCAGCAUGAGGGUACUGUCACAGAGUGGGGACAGCGUCAGGGACAGUCGCGCCCACAAGGCCAUGGAGUUCAACAAGAAGGUGGAGGAGGUGCUGGGGGAGGAGCCAGAUCUGAAGGAGCAGCUGUUUGACGUGCUGAAGCUGUACGCUGCCGAGAGGGAUGUGGAGAGUCUGGCCGAGGCGCUGCCUGACAUCCUGCUCACUGAGGAGCAUCAGCAGCUGAUCGACAGCGUCAGGAUCUUCAUUCCCAAGAAGCACCGGGAGCGUUUUGACGAGGUGGUUUCCCAGAGCCUGAUGAGCCGGCUUAAGGGGCGGAGCUUCAGUGACCCCAGCCGCAACCGCCUUCGCCGCAGCCGAAGCGAGGAUCACCCCGAGCGCCUCCUGGUUUCCACGCGUGCCAGCUCAGUGCCACGCACCCACGCAGAGGAAGGCGGGAUCCAACCACCCAGGGGCAUGAGGAAGACCACCUCCCUAAUAGCCGGCCACUCCGGUGGCAGCACCACCAACUGCAGGACGGUGAGAGUCUGCAAAGGCAACAUGAGUUUUGGCUUCACUCUCAGAGGUCAUGCUCCAGUGUGGAUUGAUUCCGUCAUCCCUGGAAGCCCAGCAGACAAAGCAGGACUGAAACCAGGAGACCGUAUCCUGUUUCUCAACGGGCUGGACAUGAGGACCUCCUCCCAUGAGAAGGUGGUGACCAUGCUGCAGGGCAGUGGUGCCAUGCCCACUCUGGUAGUGGAGGACGGUUCGUCCACUUACAGCCUGGCAGAGCAGGACCUCGCAGGAGGCGGUGGACCCCCAGAACGUGCCCGCUCCCCUGUGUUCAGCUCCCUGCAGUGGGUGGCGGAGAUUCUGCCUCCCAGUAUCAGGGUUCAGGGUCGCACCUUCGGUCAGCAGCUGGAGCACCUGCUGACCAUCCAGGAGAGGUACACCAUCUGCAAGGCUUUGGAGAACUUCUUCCAGCACAGGAAUGUUGACACUCUGAUCGUGGAUGUGUUCCCGGUGUUGGACACGCCAGCCAAACAGGUGAUCUGGCAGUUUGUUUACCAGCUGCUGACGUACGAGGAGCAGGAACACUGCCAGAGCAAGAUCUCACGCUUUCUUGGAUUCAAAGCAUCAGUUCCACCACCACCACCACCACCUCCCCUUCCUCCCGAGCCUGAGUCUGCCCACGAGCCCCAUCGCCGCAGCAGCUCCAUGAGAGUAACGGGGACCACGUACAGGAGCAGUGUGAGGGGACGUAGUUCAGACGACCUGGUCAUUGGCACACACUUGGGCCUGGGCCUCCGUGCAGAGCCAGGGAUGGAGAUGGGGAUGAGGUUGGCUCCAGGAGAGAGACAGUCAGGUGAUGGUACCUCCCUCCCUGAGACUCCCAACAACCUCACCAAUCUGUCGGCAGUGUACGCUGAGCUGGAGAACAUGUAUUCAUCCAAGAGGUCCAAGUCUCUAAAGAGCCGCCCUCUUCCGACCCAGGAGAGUUUGCUGGAUCUGGAACCUCCUUCGCGCUCGGCUUCCCCCACAAUGCUCGCUAACACAGGUAGCCGUAAAGGUCCCUCGACCCCUUCAUCCUGGCAUGAGGAGCCUCUCCCCAGCCCCCCUCAGGCUCACUUCUACUCAUCUGGGCUACCCAGCCAGACCAGCGGGGAGUCCAAUCCCUACAUCAGCUUGGACAGUCCCCCACCUUCACCCCCGGAGCCUGCUGACUACCCAGCUAGUCCACCACCAGCUCGCAGCAGCAAGCGGCGCUACACCUUCUCAAAACCACCGCGUUCAGAAGACACAGAUCGCUUCCUGGAUGCACUGAGUGAGCAGCUGGGACAGAGGGUGGCCAUCAUCGACGACUUCCUGACUCCUGAGAACGACUACGAGGAGGAUGUUGUGCAGAUGGGUUUCCCGGAUGAUGAGGAUGAGGAUAUCGAAGAGGAGCUGGGGGUUGACGAAGAAGAAAGUGGAGGAUUUGUGGCCCCAGAGCUGAGCAGCCCGAGUGACGUUCAAAGCAGCAGUGGAGAAGAGAACGCCUCCUCUCUCACCUACUCCUCAUCCUCUGACCACAUCCCUCCUCCCCCCAUGACCCCUCCUCCGCCUCCACCUGUUCAGUUCAAUGACCCACCUCCACCCCCUCCACCACCUGCACAGCCUCAGCACCAACAACAACCGCAGCAGCAGCUCAACUUCACCCCCGAACACUCCCCAAGAGCAUAUGUGCCCAUUCGCCGUAAAUCUGGGCCACCACCACCACCUCCACCCCGCAGUUAUCCACCAGCGAAGCGGCUCUCUCUCCACAAAGCACUACCCACAAGAGAGGACAUACAGGUGCAUGCUACCAUACUAGAGCUAAAAGCCUUCCAAGAAAAACACAGCUACCAGGAAAGACAAGUCUAUGAGAAGCAACAAGCAUACAAGGAGAGGCAGGCCUAUGAGGAGCAGAAAGCCUAUGAGGAACAACAACUGUUUAAAGAGCAGCAGGCCUACCAGGAACAACAGGCCUAUCAGGAGACAUUCUUCAAAGAGAGACAAGCUUAUGAGGAGCAGAAAGCAUACAAGGAGCAAAAAGCGAUUGAAGAGCAACAAAUGCAGCAGGAGCAACAAGCCUACCAAGAAAGACAAGCAUACGAACAGCGUCAAGCCUACCAGGAACAAAAAGUAUACGAACAGCGCCAAGCCUACAAGGAGCAAAAGGCAUUUGAAGAGCUUCAAGCUUACCAGGAGCUUCAAGCUUACGAAGUGCAAAAAGCUUUCGAGGAGCGUCAGGCGUACGAGGAGCAACAAGCUUAUCAAGAGCAACAGAUGCAACAGAUUUACCAGAGUCACCACUCGAUGCCUACCCAGCCAACACAGCAAAAAGCCCAGUCACCGCUUCCUCACCAACAACUUCACCAAUCCUUACCCCCACUCCCUUCUCCGGACUCCGCCCAUCACCACGCCAACCAUCCUCUCUAUGUGAUGCACCAAGCACAGCUGCAGCAGGCUCACCCGGGUCAUCACCAGCGGCGUCUGUCUCGUUCAGCCCCUCCUCCGCACCCACCGCCACCUAAACCGUCACCUCAACCGACGGCUCACCCCGGCCAACAAGCUCAAUAUGCUGAGGGAAUCUACCAAAGUCACCAGGGCCUGAGACCCCAUCCCCACCAUUCUUCAUCUCACCACUCCUCAACAGAACUUCUCCAUCAAGCUCAACAGAUGCAUCGGGGUCAACCACACCAUUCCUCCACUGAGCUGCUCCAUCAAAUGCAAAAGGCCCAGGCCCACCACUCCUCCACAGAGCUGCUCCAUCAAGCCCAUCAGAUGCACCAACCCAUGCCCCAUCACUCCUCCGCAGAGGUUCUGCAUCAAGCCCAGCAGGAGCCUGGCUCCCUUCCUGUUCAGCUAAAACAAGACGGUCACUCACACCAGAGCCGCAGAAGUCUUAAAGGUCUUCAUCAAACCCAAGCGUCACCUCAGGGGAGACACCAAGAGCAGCAGAUCCACCAAACUCAUCACCCCCAACCCACCAAACCCUCUCCUCAGAGACCCCACUCUAUCCAGCAGACCCACCACCACUCUAGCACACCUCAGAUUCACCACAUCCACCACAUAACCCCACAGCCCCCCCCGAAGGACUACCAACACCAGAUCCAUGUCAUCCACCCCCCGCAGCAGACCCACAGGCCCCAGCCUCUUCUUUCUACCUUUCAGCCCCUCCAGCCACAUCAAUCCACCCUGUCAAAAUUCCAGCCCCUCCCCCAACACCACAAGCUGCAGCACCAAGUCCAGUCCUCCACCCAGGCCACUCGCCCACAGUCUCAGCCCUCGCAUCACCUGCUGCAAUCCCCAAACCAGCUGCAAUCCCAAUCAUCCCACCAUAAACAAUCCCAUGGCCAGAGUCAGCCCCAGUCCCUCCCGCACUCUCUGUCUGAUCCCACGGAGCACCUGGGGCCCCCUCCUCCUCCGCCCCUGCCCCCACCUUGCACUCCUCCACCACUGCCAAGGCCCAAUCUGUCCAGAAUGGAUUCCAACCACAUGAGUGUGAAGCGGUUACGCUGGGAGCAAGUGGAGAAUUCAGAGGGGACUAUCUGGGGACAGUUGGGAGAAAAUUCUGAUUAUGAUAAACUGCAUGACAUGGUGAAGUAUCUGGAUCUGGAGCUGCACUUUGGGACACAGAAGAGCUCCAUGCCGGCUCCAGAUCCAUCCCUCCUGCCAGAAACCUUCAAGAAGAAAGAUGUGAUAGAAAUUCUGUCCCAUAAGAAGGCUUACAAUGCCUCCAUCCUGAUAGCCCACCUGAAGCUGUCUCCUGCAGAGCUGCGUCAGAUGCUGAUGAACAUGGCCACUGAUAGGCUGGAGGCGUCGCACAUCAAACAGCUGCUGCUGUACGCCCCCGACGCAGAGGAGGUCAAAAAGUAUGAAGAGUACAGACAGGACCCCGGCAAACUCAGUGAGCCAGACCAGUUUGUGUUGCAGAUGUUGUCAGUACCAGAGUACAAGACUCGCCUGCAGAGCCUCCUCUUCAAGUGUUCCCUGCAGGAGAAGACCGAGGAGUUGAGGGGAGCGUUCGACUGUAUCAACAAGGCCUCCAUGGAGCUGAAGACCAGCAGGAAGCUAGCCAAGAUACUGGAGUUUGUGCUGGCGAUGGGAAACUACUUGAAUAACAGCCAACCGAAAACCAACAAGACCACAGGCUUCAAGAUCAACUUCCUUACAGAGUUGAGCACAACUAAAACAGUGGAUGGGAAGUCGACAUUCCUGCACAUUCUGGUCAAGUCGUUGUGUCAACACUUUCCUGACGUGUUGGAUUUUUCUAAAGAUCUAACAAUGGUUCCACCUGCAGCCAAAGUAAACCAGAGGACGAUCGCGUCAGAUCUGAAUGACCUUCAUGCAACCAUCCAGGACAUUCGCUCGGCCUGUCAGAAGAUGCCUGCGACUGCUGACGACCGUUUUGCUGUUGUCAUGAGUAACUUUUUGGAAAACAGUCACCCAGCGAUUCAGUCUCUGGAGUCCCUGCAGCAGAGAGCAAUGGAAGAAUUCAGCAAAACUGCGUCCUACUUUGGAGAAGACGGCAAAGCCACCAACACCGAAGGCUUCUUUGGCAUCUUUGCGGAGUUCAUGAUCAAGUUUGAGAGAGCGCUGAGUGAGCAUCAGGCUGCAGAAAUCCAGAAGAGUCCUCGGAGUCCACGGUUGGCCUCGCCGCUGGCCUGGUAA